UUCGCGCAGAAACUGACACAAAAGCUGGGCCUCUGCAGUUUGGGGGAGGCAGGCCAGGCUCCGCCCCCACUGCCGCGUCCGCCAAUCAGCUCCUGGGACGGCCCCCUUCUCAGUACCACUACCCCCAUAGCUGCCCACCUCCAUCCGCAGCCUCCACCACCACCUCCACCAAUUUUCAAAUCCCAGGCUCUGUGUCUCCUCUCCCUGUCACAUCUCUACAAAGGACUCCCUUCCCUCUCUGAAGUAGCGAGUGUGGAAAUUGCUGGAAAACGGACCCUGCCGGUGAGCUCACCUACCCACAUGCUCCUAUUGAAUGUUGUUCAUAUGAUUCAAUUUGGGGAAAGAGGAUUGAAGGGAAAUGCGGAAAAGAAAUACGACUUGGAUUUGGACCAAAAUCCUAGUCAAGAUGAAAAGAAGCCGAUCCAGCCAUGGCGACUCCCUCUGCUGCCUUUGAGGCCCUUAUGAAUGGAGUGACAAGCUGGGAUGUCCCCGAAGAUGCCAUCCCAUGUGAACUGCUUCUUAUUGGAGAAGCCUCCUUCCCGGUGAUGGUGAAUGACAUGGGCCAGGUCCUUAUUGCCGCCUCCUCCUAUGGCCGAGGCCGCCUGGUGGUGGUGUCCCACGAGGACUACCUGGUGGAGGCCCAGCUCACUCCCUUUCUCCUCAAUGCAGUGGGCUGGCUUUGCUCUUCCCCUGGGGCUCCCAUUGGUGUACACCCAUCCUUGGCCCCUCUGGCCAAAAUCCUCGAGGGCUCUGGUGUGGAGGCAAAGAUUGAGCCGGAAGUGAAGGACUCCCUGGGUGUUUACUGUAUUGAUGCCUACAAUGAAACCAUGACUGAAAAGUUGGUCAAGUUCGUGAAGCGUGGAGGGGGCUUGCUCAUUGGAGGCCAAGCCUGGGAUUGGGCCAACCAGGGCGACGAUGAAAGGGUUCUGUUCACGUUCCCUGGGAACCUCGUGACCAGCGUGGCUGGCGUGUACUUCACCGACAACAAAGGAGACACAAGUUUCUUCAAAGUCUCUAAGAAGAUGCCCAAGAUCCCAGUCUUAGUUAGUUGUGAAGAUGAUCUCUCCGAGGACAGAGAUGAGCUCCUGCACGGGAUUUCUGAGCUGGACAUCAGCAACUCGGACUGUUUCCCGUCCCAGCUGCUGGUGCACGGGGCGUUAGCCUUUCCCCUGGGGCUAGAUUCCUACCACGGCUGUGUCAUAGCGGCUGCCCGCUACGGCCGGGGCCGGGUGGUCGUGACUGGCCACAAGGUCUUAUUCACCGUUGGUAAACUGGGCCCCUUUCUGCUCAAUGCUGUCCGCUGGCUAGACGGGGGCCGCAGAGGCAAGAUCGUGGUGCAGACAGAACUGAGGACUCUGAGUGGGCUGCUUGCCGUGGGGGGAAUAGACACCAGCAUUGAGCCCAAUCUGACCAGCGAUGCGAGUGUCUAUUGCUUUGAGCCCGUGAGUGACGUCGGGGUCAAGGAGCUGCAGGAGUUUGUAGCAGAGGGCGGGGGCCUAUUCGUUGGGGCCCAAGCCUGGUGGUGGGCCUUCAAGAACCCAGGAGUGUCCCCUUUGGCUCGAUUCCCGGGAAACCUCCUCCUCAACCCCUUUGGCAUCAGCAUCACCAGCCAAAGCCUCAACCCCGGGCCCUUUCGCACCCCUAAGGCAGGAAUAAGGACCUAUCACUUCCGCUCCACCCUGGCCGAGUUCCAGGUGAUCAUGGGCAGGAAGAGAGGGAACGUGGAAAAGGGCUGGCUGGCAAAGCUGGGCCCGGACGGCGCAGCCUUCCUGCAGAUCCCGGCCGAGGAGGUCCCCGCCUACAUGUCGGUGCACCGGCUCCUGAGGAAGCUGCUGAGCCGCUAUCGGCUCCCCGUGGCCACCCGAGAGAACCCGGUCAUCAACGACUGCUGCAGGGGUGCCAUGCUCUCCCUGGCCACCGGGCUGGCCCACUCGGGAAGUGACCUCUCUCUGUUAGUCCCAGAAAUGGAAGAUAUGUACAGCAGCCAGUACCUGCGCCCCUCGGAAUCUCCCAUCACUGUUGAGGUCAACUGCAACAAUCCAGGCACCAGGUAUUGCUGGAUGAGUACCGGGCUCUACAUACCAGGAAGGCAAAUUAUAGAGGUCUCAUUGCCCGAAGCUGCUGCCUCUGCUGACCUGAAGGUACAGAUUGGCUGCCACACUGACGACCUGACCAGGGCCAGCAAGCUGUUCCGAGGCCCACUUGUGAUUAACCGCUGCUGCCUGGACAAGCCCACGAAGUCGAUCACCUGCCUCUGGGGCGGCCUCCUCUACAUCAUCGUGCCUCAGAGCAGCAAGCUGGGCGCUGUGCCCGUCACCGUUAAGGGGGCUGUGCGUGCCCCCUACUACAAGCUGGGGGAAACAUCCCAGGAGGAGUGGAAAAGGCGUAUCCAGGAGAAUCCAGGCCCCUGGGGAGAGCUGGCUACGGACAACAUCAUCUUGACUGUGCCAACUGCCAACCUUCGCACUCUGGAUAACCCUGAGCCACUGCUUCGCCUCUGGGACGAGGUGAUGCAGGCCGUGGCCCGGCUGGGGGCCGAGCCCUUCCCACUGCGUCUGCCUCAGAGGAUCGUGGCCGACGUGCAGAUCUCAGUUGGCUGGAUGCACGCGGGGUACCCCAUCAUGUGCCACCUGGAGUCGGUGCAGGAGCUCAUCAAUGAGAAACUCAUCAGAACCAAGGGUCUCUGGGGCCCUGUGCACGAGCUGGGCCGCAACCAGCAGCGGCAGGAGUGGGAGUUCCCUCCACACACCACCGAGGCCACCUGCAACCUGUGGUGUGUCUACGUGCACGAGACGGUCCUGGGCAUCCCUCGCGGACGAGCCAACAUCGCUCUGUGGCCCCCAGUUCGGGAGAAGAGAGUCAGAAUCUACCUGGGCAAGGGUCCCAAUGUGAAAAACUGGAAUGCGUGGACGGCCCUGGAAACGUACUUGCAGCUCCAGGAGGCCUUUGGGUGGGAGCCGUUCAUCCGUCUCUUCACUGAGUAUAGGAACCAGACCAACCUGCCCACAGACAACGUCGACAAAAUGAACCUGUGGGUGAAGAUGUUCUCCCACCAAGUGCAGAAGAAUCUGGCUCCGUUCUUUGAGGCCUGGGCCUGGCCGAUCCAGAAGGAAGUGGCAACCAGCCUGGCAUAUCUGCCCGAAUGGAAGGAAAAUAUUAUGAAAUUGUACCUCCUCACACAGAUGCCCCACUGAAACCGAAGUCAAGAAACAUAAAAGAGAACUGACACGUCUCAGCCAACAAAACUGAAGGGAUUUGGUUAUUAGUAAAGAAGAUCUCAACACAUUUCUGGAAGAGAGAAAAUGGAUGAAGUGAUAAUGAAGGAGUGAAGCUCCCUUUCAGACAGAAAAUAAGCUGAUCUGAACACAUAACCCCAAAGAGACUUGGGCAUCUGAAAAGUCUAUCUACUAAAGAAUUAUAUUAAUUGUGAAAUUGAACCCCAUCCCAUUCUACCCAAACCAUUGUGCACAGAACACGGGAAAUCUACCCUUGGUUUCAGUUAAAAGUCUAUUGUUGUUUGUAUAAAGGAAUCGAAUAAACUGCCUGAGGCGAGGUAGGAGUUCGUGUUCCAAGAUAAAACUUCUCUUUUUGUGGAAAUAAGUAACCCCCUAGCCCAUUAGCUAAUUCUGUACUGACAGUUGAGAUCUUGGUUACUCAAGUAACCAAGUGCUUCUAGUCAUAGAAGGGUUUGCUGGAGAAGCAGACUGACCACACAGUGGCAGAGGGAACCCACAGCAACUCCCAUAUAACAUCAGCAGUCAUACUAAUUCUUCAGUGCAAAUGGUCAGCUAGGAAUUCCCAGACACUGAGCCUUGGGAGCAGGGGUUGGGGAAAGAACCAAGAGAGAAUUAUCUAAGAAAAAUAACCAAUUAGAAUCAGGAGAUUUGAAAACUACAGCAAACUCUGGGGGAAACAGAGUUAACAUGGAAAAAAGAUAACUUAAAAAUCUAACUAUAUCAUCAGAGAGAUCUGAGGUGUAUUUGUUAGAUAAAAACAGGAUGCUACAAAGAAGGGGAAACCCUGAAAAUAAGAACCCUAAGGCGAAAUAAUUUUCCCUAAUGUGAAAUAACUUUCCCAAAGGUGAAAUAUUUAGAGACAGGCUGGAAUAUAAAGUCAAGCUGAUCUCCCUAGAUAACAGAGCAAAAAGAAACAGAAAAUAUAAAGAGAGGGAAGAGACAUAGACAAUCGAUAUCUAACUGUUAGGAGUUUCUGGAAGAGAGAACAGAAAAUGUAGGUGAAGAAAUGAAAAAGAAUUGAACAGAAAGAACUAUGUCUCCAAAUUAAGGGGACCCCAUUCAACCUACAUGUAGACACAAUCUUGUGAAAAUUUGGAACAUUAAGGAUAAAGAAGGCAAUGAAAGUACCGAGAGAAAAUAAAACUAGGUCAUAAUUAACUCAACUGAAAAGGGAUGAAAAUAGACUGGGAGCAGAUUUUUCAUCAGCAACACAAUGCUAGGAGCCAAUAGAGAAGUGUCUUCACAUGGAAAAUCCUUGUACCCAGAAUUCCACAGCAAGCCAAACUGUCAAGAGUCAAGUCAAAAGAAAGAAAUUUUCUGACAUGCAUGUUUCCAGAAAGUCUACCUUCUUUGCACCCUUACUGAGGAAGUACCUUGAGGAAGUUCUCCAGCAAAAUGAGGAUGAAAAUCGGGAAAGAGGAAGAAGUGGAAUCCAGAAAACAGUGGACCUCACCCAAAAUGUCUCACUCCAGAGUUGCAGUCAUUCAACAGGAUGUCUCACUCUGGAGUUACAGUCAUCCAACAGGAUGGGCUUACUCCAGAGUGACAGUCAUCCAACAGGGAUGUCUCACUCUAGAGUGACAUCCAACAGAACGGGCUUACUCCAGAGUGACAGUCAUCCAACAGGAUGGGCUUACUCCAGAGUGACAGUCAUCCAACAGGGAUGUCUCACUCUAGAGUGACAUCCAACAGAACGGGCUUACUCCAGAGUGACAGUCAUCCAACAGACGGGCUUACUCCAGAGUGACAGUCAUCCAACACGAUAUCUCACUCUAGAGUGACACUCAUCCAAUAGGAUGGGCUUACUCCAGAGUGACAGUCAUCCAACAGGAUGUCUCACUCUAGAGUGACAGUCAUCCAAGAGACCCAUUUCAGAUGAGAGUACACAGUCUUGGGCUCCCUGGGGAGAAUAUGCAUUAUGUACCAUAGGGAGUAUCACUGAGAAGCUGGAAUGUUUGAGAAUACAGAGGAGAUACAUUCUUCAGUCAACAAAAAGAAAACAAAACAAAAAUACGUCAAAUUCAGGUCCAAUUAUGCAACAACAGCAAAAAAUACUCAUAGAAUGUAAGAAGAGACUCGAUUUGACAGCGGCGGUAGGUACAUUUCAAGUGACACAGGAAUCGUGACACUGGAUAUGUAUGGAAGAAAAUAUCCUA